GUUUGAGAACUUGAAUGAGUGUCCGAGAUGUGGGAUAUCACGCUAUAAAGUGAAGGACGAUGAUUCCAGUUGUGAUGUAAUAAGUGCAACUCGUCCUCCUGUCAAAGUGUUAUGGUAUCUGCCCAUUAUUCCAAGGUUGAAGCGGCUCUUCACUAAUCCAAAAGAAGCCAAGAACAUUAGAUGACAUGCGGAUGAAAGAAAAUGUGACGACAUGAUUCGCCACCCGGCAGAUUCUCUUCAGUGGAAAAAAAUUGAUAGGAUGUAUCCUGAUUUUGGCAAUGAGCCAAGGAAUUUGAGGUUUGGACUAGCUACAGAUGGAAUGAAUCCAUACGGUAACUUAAGUAGCAUUCAUAGUUCUUGGCCUGUUCUCUUGAUAAUCUACAAUUUAUCUCCUUGGUUAUGCAUGAAACGCAAAUAUAUCAUGCUAUCGAUGUUAAUUUCUGGUCAUAAACAACCCGGAAAUGAUAUAGACGUUUACUUAUCUCCCUUUGUCGAAGACUUGAAGAGACUUUAGGAGGAAGGUACUUGCACAAAUUGUGUACUAAAAAGAACAACACACAGUUGUAUGGAUUCUUUGACCCUCACACCACUCAAGGACAACAAGGACUGCUAUCUAGUUCCAUAUUACUAUCCUAACCACUGGCAGCUAUACGUAUUCUGUCGUAAGCACAACAUGAUUGUGUUCUUGUGCUCCUUGGGGAAUAAGCCAAAGACAAAUGUGAAGAGUGUUUUUGAUAUGGCAAUGCAAGCACAUCAAAUAACAAAAAAUAGGAGGAAUUCCAAACCAAGAUGGAUUGAGCCAAUUGUAAACAUAUUUUUUCAUACUUAUCAUCAAUGACAUUCAAUGUUCAAGAGUCAUUUAGUCCACGAGACAUUACCGAGACAAGAGAGCGUUGAGCGUCAUUUGUUUGUGACACC